GACGAUACGAGCUGCUCGUGGGACAAUCGACGGUGCAUCGUGGAUGGAGAAUGGCGCCGGGUUACCUGUUAGAGCGGUACAUGCACUUCAUGUGGCAUAUGGCCAGGUGGUUCCGUGCUGCUACUGCCAAUGCCUGAGCCUUUUACAGACGGUCAGCAUAACAGUUCGGUGGCUUCAGCCCAUCAUGCCAUUUAUGAGGACGACAUCGCAAUCCCUUUGAAACCCCUUAAAGAACAUCCGAAACGCCAUGCGCAUCGUCAGCUGGAACGUCAAUGGCCUACGCACGCUCAAAGGCUACCAGCCGUGGUACUCUCACAAGAGCUUUGCCGAGUCCCUGGCGCACCUCAAAGCCGAUAUUGCGUGCUUCCAGGAAUGCAAGCUUACCCGAAAAGCUCUGCUCAGCGAGGCUUCCCUGUCACAAGGUGCAGCUUCCACAUGCGUCGUUGAGGGUUACCAGGCGUUCUUCAACCUGCACCCUGACAAGGGAUACUCGGGCACUGCCGUCUGGACACGGAGCGACGUGUGCGUGCCCGUCAAAGCCGAGGAAGGCAUAACGGGGCGCUAUGCGCAGGAAGGCGGGCCGAGCGGCAGCAUUACAGCCGCGAUCAUGGGAUCGUCAGGGGUCGGGCUCAGGGAGGCCGACCGCAUCGGGUUCGAGCCCUGUGAUAUGAAAGACGAUAUGGACAUUCAGCUGUUUAGGAGCAUCGACAAUGAAGGCCGAGCGACCGUGCUGGACUGCAGCAUGUUCGUUCUCUUCAACCUCUAUUGUCCCAAUGAAACUGGCCCGGAACGGCUUCCGUACAAGAUGGCCUUCUACAAAUGCCUCGAGGAGCGCGUCCGUCGGCUCGUCGAAGCCGGGCGCGAAGUAAUCAUCGUGGGCGACAUCAAUAUCUGUCGAGACGAGAUCGAUCACCCAGACCCAGAGCAAUCCAUGAAGGACCAUUCGCUUCCCACUUUCAAAGCCCACCCGGCGCGCGCCUGGUUCGACAAUUUUCUCGCCCCCAACGGUUCGUUCAUUGAUGUCGGGCGACAUUUACAUCCGACGCGACGCAAGAUGUACACCUGCUGGAACACCAUCAUCGACGCCAGGCCCGUCAACUACGGCACCAGGCUCGACUACACCAUCGUCUCGCCCGGCUUGAUGCCGUGGGUUAAGAGUGCCGACAUUCAGCCUGACAUUUACGGCAGCGACCACUGCCCCGUUUACAUCGAGCUGCACGAUGAGCGCUUCAUAGACGGUCAGACGUUCCGCAUCAAGGACCUCCUGCAUGCCGCUCCAGCAAAUGGUACCGUCAAGGCUCCACCGAUCGCAUGUAGCAGCUGGCCUGAGUUCUCUGCUAAGCAGCGCAAGCUCGCGAGCUACUUUGGCAGUGGAGCAGGUGCUGGUAUGAAGCGAAGCGCAAGCACAGCCUCGCGGCAGCCUGCAUCCCGGCCCGCCCUGUCGUUCUUAGCGCCAAUCACCAAAGAGUCAGCAAGCAGCGGUAGGGGCUUUUCAACGCCUGCAGCGACCAGCACCGAGGCGGAUGGUGUUGGCGCCUCGCUGGCUACUGCAUUGGCCGACGCACUUUUUGAAGUUCCCUCAGCGGAACCUGACUACAUCGCCAAGGGCAGCGGUUUCGCUUUGACACGGCCAGCAAAUGGCCCUUGCUCGUCUACUUGGCCCACUGUACCAUCAGGGGCAGCAGCAACAGGUUCAAGGCACGGCACUGCUUCAAAAGGGCCCCGGUUAUCCCAAAGCAAACCCAGAUAUGCUAGCAGCAGUGACAAAGUUUUCUCGGAGGCUUUGCCGAAAAAAAGCGGUGGCAAACCAAGUGCGGCUCCUUUAAGCAAAGGGGUAGCCAAAACUAUCAAGCCCACCGCAGCAGCUCAGAAAACUAGCGCUCACAGUCAGUUGUCCCUCAAAGCUUUCCUGCCAAAACGAAAUGUGGCGGAGACGCCGCUCGAAGGCAAAAGCUCGACACGAGACGACGAAGUAUUGGCGUCGAAUUCGGACAGAGGGAAGGAAGCCAGAGCGAAAGACACCAGCAUGGUUGCGGAACAGUCAAGCGUGGAACAAAUUACACCUCUCGACAGCGCCUUAACUGUACGAGCCGAUGAACAAGCAGAAGCAGAAGCAAGAACGGACAUCUUGAAUGCAUCCCGAUUGAUCGAUGACGAAGUCAUUCCGAUAUCACCCGACAAGGAAGAUGGUGUUUCAACGUACAAAUCCGCUAUGGCGUGGGGGCAGAUCUUCACGCCGCCACCAGCUCCGCUUUGCAGCAUGCACCAGGAAGCGGCACGCGCGUGGACCGUCAACAAGCCUGGUCCAAACCACGGGCGCAAGUUCUGGCUCUGCAAUCGCCCCGUUGGGCCCGGACAUGAGGGCAGCGGCAUCUCGCGCGAUCGCGUCAACCCCCAGCUCCGGUGCGACUACUUUUCGUGGGACAGCGACGUCAAAAGACGCCAGGCAAAGGCGAGCAAAUUUGUGCUGCCCGUGUCGGAUCAGAACCAAUGCGAGGCUGCCAAGGCUUUCGCAGAAGUCGGCCGCUGUAGGAAAGACUUUGAAGCGCAACGCGAGCAUCCUCGCGAGAGUCAGCAGGCUCACAAGAGGGUGAAGAAGAAUUAGGUACUGUAGCAUAUCCGCCGAGUUACAUCCUUGUAUCAUUAGAGCACAUCUGAA